AUGGAGAUUCUGGACAGGAAGGCCAGGGGUGCCCAGCUGGCACCCAUCUGCUGGUCCCUCAAGGGCCUCACCCCCCCCCCCCGCAGGCGCUGGUGCGAGAGGAUGGUGCAGGUGAUGGAGGAGGAAGUGGUCAGCCCCCGGCGGGAGGAGCUGGUGCCCUGCUCCGAUGUCUACCAGUACAACAUGGCAGGCUGGCACCUUGACCAGGACCGCAUGCGCCAGGCUUACGGCAGGGCAGAAGGCCAGGCUGGCGCCACCAGCAUGUGCUACAUCUAUAAACCGGAGGACACGAGACCCAUACUUUGGAACCGCACGGUGCGCGCUUGCUGUGAGGGCUGGAGCGGGCCCCAUUGCUCGGAGGGAAAGGCCUCCCUGGGCCGCUGCUUCUCCACCUGGCAAUGCCAAGACCUGCCUGGACUGCAGAACGUCUCUCUGCUUGGCAUGGAGGAGUGUUGCCAACGCCCGUGGGGGCACAGCUGGCAGAAUGCCUCCUCCCAGCUCUGCUUCAGCUGCUCCCACCUGCCUCUGAAAGAUGAUUUCCCCUCGCCCUUCCUGCUCCGGCCACCGUCCCCCACGGCGCUUCUGGUCAGCUCGGCUCGGCACCACCGACAUCGCCACCCCUUUGCCACCUGCGCCACCUGGGCCGGCUUCCACUACCGCAGCUUCGACGGCAAAGACUUCCGCUUCCACGGCAGCUGCGCAUACACCUUGGCGGCCGCCUCCGAUGGCACCUGGGCCAUCUACCUGUCUGUUGGCGGCGAGGGCUGCAAACCCGGCCGCUGCCGUAAGGUGAGGGACAUCGGCCCCCACAUGCUAGGCAGGGCCAGAGGUGGGCAGGCCCUGGAUCUCUGCCCCUGUCCCAAACACGUCCUUUCUGCAGGAAGGAUGGCAAGGAGGACGUCCGGAUUUCGCACCCAGAACCAGUGGUGGGGGGCUGGUUGCUGGUUGCAGCUGCUGGACCUUCGCAUGCUGUUUGGCCUCGACAUGGUCGUGGCUCAAGGACGGCACAUCUCGGUGAACGGCGCUGCGGUGCCCGAGGGGGAGCCCCGCUUGCAGAAAGGGAUCAGUGUUUGGUGGCUGGGAGACUUCCUCUUCGUGGAAAGCGGCCUGGGGGUGCGGGUCAAGUUUGAUGGGCGCGACACCGUCUACGUCACCAUCGGGGCGGACCUGAAAGGAGCCACCCGAGGGCUGUGUGGGGUCUACAACGACGACCCUGCAGACGACUUCCUACGCGUGGGAGGUGAUGUGGCCGCCUCGGCGGCGAGCUUUGGCAAUUCGUGGCGCGUCCCGGAUGCAGGAUUGACCCCCUGUGAAGACGCCGCAGAGGAGGCUCACAGCUGUGAAACACCCGAAGGCCGAGGGAAGCAGCAGGAGGCAGAGUCCAUUUGCCGGAAGCUUCUUUCCGGCCCUUUCGGUCAAUGCCACUCGGAGGUGGACCCCAGAGGCUUCUACGACACCUGCAUGUACCUGCACUGCGGCGGAGCCGGGCUUGGUGCCAUCUGCGAGACCUUUGCCAGCUACGCCCGCGAGUGCGCCCAGAGGAGCGUUUUCGUCAGCUGGAGGCGGGCCGGAUUCUGUGAAAAGUCGUGCGGGCAAGGAAAGCACUACUCCGACUGUGUCUCUUCGUGCCCAGCCAGCUGUGCUGCGGUGGGCGCAACAGCCGAGGAAGGGCACUGCCGGGACGAGUGUGUGAGCGGCUGCGAGUGCCCGGCCGGCCUCUACUUGGAAGCGGGCGCCUGCGUCCCGGAGAGCCAGUGCCCCUGUUUCCACCGGCGCCAGAAGUUCGCCCCGGGAGAUGUCCUCCAGCAGCGCUGCAACCGUUGCACGUGCCAAGGGGGGCGCUGGCACUGCUCCCGGGACCAAUGCUCCGGGGAAUGUUCCAUCACUGGUGACCCCCACUACCUGACGUUUGACCGCAAGCGCUUCUCCUUCCAUGGCACAUGCCAGUAUAUCCUAGUGCAGGAUUAUGUGGAUGGGAAGCUCCACAUUUCCUCAGAGAACGUGGCAUGUGGGAGCCGAGGGGCCAGCAGCUGCCUCCACUCUGUCACCGUCACUGUGCAGAAGGUCUCUGCCCGCCUGUCCUUCACAGGGGAGCUGUCAGUGAACGGCCAAGAAGUCUCCCUUCCUUUUGCCAGCACGGACCUGACGGUGCGCCUUGCCUCCUCCUCCUUCCUGCUUCUCCAGACCUUUGGGGCUCACUUGCUGUGGGGCCUGGAGUUUCCGGCAGUCUACAUCACCCUCCAGCCCAGCUUUGCCAGCAAGGUCCGAGGCCUUUGCGGCACCUACAACUGGAACCAGCAAGACGAUUUCACCACGCCGGAGGGAGACGUGGAGUCCAGCGCCACCGCUUUCGCCAACAGGUUCCGCAUCUCGCACGACUGCCCCUCCUUCGGCACGGUCCCUUUCGACCCCUGCAGCAUGUACGCCCAGCGCAGGCAGUUUGCAGAGGCGGCUUGCGAGGUCCUCCACAGCCCACCCUUCCAGGCCUGUCACGACGUGGUGGAGCGGGACUCAUUCUACCAGCUCUGCCUCUACGAUGUGUGUGGCUGUUCCGCCGGCAAAGACUGCCUGUGCGGCGCUGUGGCUGCCUACGCCAGGCAAUGCGCCCAGGAGGGAGCCCCUGUCGCCUGGAGGAACCAGAGCUUCUGCCCGGCACAGUGUUCUGGAGGGCAAGUGUAUCGGGAAUGUGCGCCCCCCUGCAGAACGACCUGCGCUGACCUGCGCUUGGGCCCCUGCCAGGAUCUGGACCACGUCUGCGUGGCCGGCUGCAACUGCCCAGAGGGGACGGUGCUGGACGACGGCGGGCAGUGCGUCCAGCCUGCCAUGUGCGGCUGUGCGCAUGGGGAAGAGGCGCACCCCCCUGGCAGCAGGAUCCAGAAGGGUUGCAACACCUGCGUCUGUGUGAACGGGGCAUGGAACUGCACAGAGCAGAGUUGCCCCAAAGUCGUCGUCUGCCCAGGGGAGCUGAUCUAUGCCUUUGGGUCCUGCCUGCGGAGCUGCGACAGCCCCGAGGGGAACCUCAGCUGCACCGGCUUCUCGGAUGGCUGCGUUUGCCCCCCUGGCACCGUCUACUUGAACGAGCGCUGUGUCUCCCCGGAGGAGUGCCCUUGCCACCACAACGGCCGGCUGUACCAGCCCAAUGACACCAUCACCAAGGACUGCAACACAUGCAUUUGCCAAAACCGGCGCUGGGACUGCAGCCGCCACCACUGUGCCGGGACGUGCGUAGCCACCGGGGACCCCCACUACAUCACUUUCGACGGGCGGACCUACACCUUCCUGGGUGACUGUGAGUACAUCCUGGCCCAGGAGAGCAGCGGGGCCUUCACCGUCACCGCCGAGAACGUGCCCUGCGGCACCAGCGGCACCACCUGCACCAAAUCCGUCGUGGUGCUCAUUGGCAACACGGUGGUCCACCUGCUCCGAGGAAAAGACGUGACUGUGAACGGGGUUUCGGUGCGCCCCCCGAAAACGUAUAGUGGGAACGGCCUGACCCUUGAGAGAGCGGGGCUCUUCCUCUCGCUUAUCUCCCAGCUGGGGCUGACGGUGCUCUGGGAUGGAGGCACCCGCAUCUACAUCAAACUGGACCCCAUGUACCAAGGCCGCAUGUCAGGCCUGUGUGGGAACUUUGAUGGGGACACUGAGAAUGAUUUCACCAGCCGGCAAGGCAUUGUGGAGCCCACUGCAGAUCUCUUUGGCAACUCCUGGCGCGUCAGCCUGCUCUGCCCUGAGGUCAACAGCGAGGAUUUUGAGCACCCAUGCACGGUGAACUCUCACCGUGUGACCUGGGCCCGGAAGCGCUGUGGGGUCCUCUUGCAGGACCUGUUUGCCCCUUGCCACGAGGAACUCCCGUGCCAGCAGUUCUACGAGUGGUGCAUCUUCGACGCCUGCGGCUGUGACUCCGGAGGAGACUGCGAGUGCCUCUGCACCGCCAUCGCCACCUACGCAGAGGAGUGCAGCCAGCGGGGAGUCCCUGUGCGCUGGAGAAGCCAGGAUCUCUGCCCUAUGCAGUGUGACUACGGGCUGGAGUACGACGCCUGUGGCCCAGCCUGCCCCCCCACCUGCAAGAACUUUGGCCUGGAGGGGGCCGAGCACUGCAGCAGCGAGGCCCUUUCCUGCGUGGAGGGGUGCUUCUGCCCGGAGGGGAAAGUGCUGCAUGGCGGCCGCUGCAUCGACCCCUCUGAGUGCCCUUGCUACUGGGAGGGCACUCUGUUCCCACUGGGAGCCCUGGUGAUGCAGGAAUGCAGGAACUGCUCCUGUGAGGCUGGCUUGUGGCAGUGUGUCGCCCCCCUAGAACCUUGCGCCACAUCGCCCCGCUGCGCCGAGACGGAGUUCGCCUGCCGCACAGGCGGGCGCUGCGUGCCCGGCGCCUGGGCGUGUGACAACGAGGAUGACUGCGGGGACGGCUCGGACGAGUUCUGCACCUUGAGCUGCGCCCCUCACCAGUACCAGUGCGCCAGCGGGCAGUGUGUGCCCUGGGGAUACCGCUGCGAUGGAACUGCGGACUGCCUGGACGGCUCGGACGAGAGAGACUGCCCACUGCCUGCCUGCGCCCUGCAGGAGUUCCGCUGCGCCAACGGGCGUUGCAUCCCCCGCGAGCAUCUCUGCGACGGGGAGCUGGACUGUGGCUUUGCGGAUCGCUCCGACGAGGCGGGCUGUGGGCCCCCCUGUGGGCCGAGCGAGUUCCGCUGUGCAAUGGGCCGCUGCUUGCCGUACCUCCACCGCUGCGACCGGCAUGAUGACUGCGGAGAUUUCAGCGAUGAGAGCGGCUGCGUGUGCCCGGCUGGGGAGUUCCAGUGCCCCGAUGGCCGGUGUCUUCCCCAAGCUGUGCUUUGUGACGGGAAGCGGGACUGUCCCGCCGGAAUGGAUGAAGCUUUCUGCCCAGGCCGUGUGACGUGUGCCCCUGGGCAGCUACCUUGUCCGGAUGGCGCUUGUGUGAGCCGCUCCCAGGUGUGCGACGGCAACCGCGACUGUGCCGAAGGAGCCGAUGAGAAGCCACCGCACUGCCCAGCACCCCCGACCACGCCUCCGGUGGCCACCGUGCCCCCCGGAGGAGAUGCAGCGCCACCCUGCGGCCGCUACGAGUUCCACUGCCACAGCGGGGAGUGCCAGCCGCGCGGCUGGGUGUGUGACAACGAAGCCGACUGCCUGGAUGCCAGCGACGAGCUCCACUGCAACCGCACCUGCGGCCUGGACCAGUUCCCCUGUGCCCACGGGGCCGAGUGCAUCCACUACAGCCGGCUGUGCGACGGCGCCCCCCACUGCCAGGACCACUCGGACGAAAGCGUCGACACCUGCGGCUCCACACAGAUUCCACCUUGCCCGGGCUUCUUCAUCUGCAACAACCGCAUGUGCAUCAAUGUCUCCCGGGUGUGUGACGGCUCCCCAGAUUGCCCCCAGGGAGAAGACGAGUCGGCCUGCGAGAGCCACGUGGUCCGUCCUGGCGAAAGGAACCAGACAGUGGGACCCUGUACGGAGUACUCCUGUGGAGAUGGCGCCUGCAUUGCCUUCAAACAGGUGUGCAACGGCCUGGCCGACUGCGCCGACGGCACGGAGUCCUCCGGCUGGCUACCCUCGGACGAGCGGGACUGUGGCCUCUGGAGCCCCUGGGCCCCCUGGAGCUCCUGCAGCCGCUCCUGCGGGACGGGGCUCCAGGUGCGCCGAAGGGCCUGCACCCGGCGGGCGGAUGAUGUCCUUCGGCACUGCCUGGGAGAGGAAGCCCAGGCCCAGCAGUGCUUCGCGGUGGCCUGCCCAGUGGACGGCGUGUGGAGCGAAUGGGCGACGUGGUCCAACUGCACCCAGGACUGCCGUGGCGUUGUGGUACGGCGGCGAGAGUGCCUGCCCUCCCAGAACGGGGGUCGCCACUGCACAGAGAUGCCAGAGGCUUUGACCAGCUCCAUCGAGAUUGAGCUGUGCCAACGGGAAGAUUGUGCCAACACCUCCACCUGCCCCGGGGAGCUGGUCAACCGGAAGUGUGCGCCCUGUCCCACCUCCUGCGCCGAGCUUUCCAGCCGCAUGCGGUGCAGGAAGGACCGGCCCUGCAGGCCAGGGUGCUGGUGCCCCGAUGGGCUGGUCCUGGACAGCGACCAGCAGUGUGUGCGCCCCCGAGAGUGCCCCUGCCAGGUGGAGGGCACCCGCUACUGGCCCGGCCAGCUGGUGAAGGUCAACUGCCGCAUCUGCACCUGCCAGGACGGUCAGAUGAAGCGCUGCCGGCAGAACCCGGAGUGCACAGUGAAUUGUGGCUGGUCCUCCUGGUCGCCCUGGGGAGAGUGCUUGGGUCCCUGUGGGGUGCAGAGCAUCCAGUGGUCUUUCCGCAGCCCCAACAACCCCAGCAAGCACGGCAACGGCCGCCAGUGCCGAGGCAUCUACCGCAAAGCCCGCAGGUGUCAGACGGAUCCGUGCGAGGAGUGCGAGCACCACGGCCGGGCGCAUGCCAUCGGUGACCGCUGGCGCUCGGGACAAUGCCAAGUGUGCCAAUGCCUGCCCAACCUGACCGUCCAGUGCUCCCAGUAUUGCCCCUACAGCACAGUGGCCUGCCCUGAGGGCCGAGUUCUGGUCGAGGGCCGAGGAGACGCUUGCUGCUACUGCGUGGAGGCAGGUGAGAACCGGACGGCUCUGCCAACUGUGCCAGCCAUUGGACCCAGCGUGGCCAGCCCGGCUGCCUUGACCACAGCCUUGCCGUUCGACACCUUCCCAAUGCCCCCCCUCAGAGACCUCUGCUACGGCCCGCUGGGCAUUGCCUUCCUGCCGGACGCCAGCUUCACGGCUUCCUCGCAGCAGCCAGAGAACCCGGCUCACGCCGCCCGCCUCAAUCGCGUCCUGCCCAACGCCGACCUCCAGGGCUGGGCUCCCCCAGCAGAUGUCUAUCCCGAGCUGCUCUCCCGGCCCCCCUUCCUGCACGUGGAUCUGGGGGAACCCAGGAACCUGACAGGGGUGGUGGUGCAGGGGGCCGGGUCCUCCGAUGCCUACGUGACCAGCUUCUUCCUGCGGUUCAGCCUGGACGGCGUGAGGUGGCGCGACUACGACGAGCUUUUCCAAGGGAACUUUGACGACGCGACCCCCGUGGUCAGGACCUUCCAGCACAUGGUGCGUGCCCGGCACGUCCGGAUCCUUCCCCGCGACUUCCACAACGGGAUCUUCCUCCGCGUGGAGCUGCUGGGCUGUGGGAAAGUGUCCCCAGAGCCUCCCGGGACCCCAACGGUGCCACCCACUGCUAGGCCUUGCUGGACAGGGGAGUUCCACUGCCAGAACGGGCGUUGCGUCCCCGCCGGGCCCCAUGGGGCCAUUUGUGAUGGAUUCAACGACUGCGGGGACUUCUCGGAUGAGAAGCACUGCGGAGUCGGCCCGUCUCCAGAGCCCCCCUCCACCCCAGGGGGCUGCUUGCCCUCCCAGUUCCGCUGUGCCAUGUCGGGGGUCUGCAUCGAAGCAUCCCAGAGGUGUGAUGGGGUCAGCGACUGCCCUGGCGCCGGCGAUGAGGUCGGCUGUGUGCCCGAAAGCAGAGCGCCCUCGGUUGGGACCAGCAGCUCCUGGACUUCCGAAAAACAGCCACCGAAGCCUUCGGUGCCCCAUCCAACUCAGGUGUCCCCCAGUGGAUGGCCCUUUCCUGAAGGUCUCACCUUCCCCCAGCCAGGUUCCUGCAGCGAAGCCCUCGGUCUGGAAGAUGGGCGAAUCCACCAGCAGCAGCUGAGCGCCUCGUCCUACCAGGACGGGAACCCACCAGACGCCGGGCGCCUCAACAUCGUGCCCAGCAUAAUGCGGCUCUUCACGGGGUCUCUGCCGUGGGAGCGUAUUCACCCAGUGCUCUACCAGCUGCGCUGGCUCCCGAUGGAGUAUAGGGUGGACUUUCUUCAGCCCACAUUCCUCACUGCCGUGGUCACGCAAGGUGGGGGACCCUCUCGGGGGUACGUCUCCCGCUACCGCCUGGUCUACAGCGACGACGGGGUCAACUUCCGGAAUUACGCCCGAUCUGGAUACGGCCCUAGCACUUCCCUGCGGGCCCAGGUCCUGGAGGGCAAUUCCAACAGCGCCACAGCAGUGCGCCAGGAGCUGCGCCCGCCCAUCUUGGCCCGCAUCCUCCGCCUCGUGCCCACGGACUUUCGCGGGAGCCCCUCCUUGCGCAUGGAGGUGCUCGGCUGCCCCUGGAGCCGGACUCCCAAGGCACGUUCUGCAUUUCCCCCAUGCUUCUUUCCAGAGGUGGUGCCCGCAGCUGGUGUGACGACACCCUCCACGGACACUGGCACAACACCCCCUGUCCCAGAGACACCAUCUCCUUCUGGAGGAGUAACCGGCAUCCCGGAAUCGCCCAGGAUCCGGCCCUCCAAGGAGCCUCCCGCCUCGCCUUCCUGGUCCACCUCCUGGCCGCUGGGACCCAGUUUGCCCAGACUCGUGACUGGUACCCCUGGCACGACGGUGCUGCCCGCGUCCCAAACCUUUCCGUACCAGCCAGGCUUGCGAUCCACGCUGUCUGGGCUGACUCGAACCCCCAGCCCCGGGCUUCCCAGAAUCCUCUGCACCCAGGGCCAGUUCGCCUGCGAAGUCUUUGGCUGCGUGGAGGCUGCCUUCGUUUGCGAUGGCCAAGAAGACUGUCUGGAUGGGUCAGACGAGAGGCACUGCGGUGGUCCCACUGCUCCCGCUGCCCCCACCACAACCCUGCUUCCCCCACUGGGCCCUCCCAGCACCUGCUCCGCCAAGCAGUUCACCUGCGGCAGUGGGGAAUGCCUGGUGCUGGAGCGGCGCUGCGAUCUCCGUCAGGAUUGCCAGGAUGGGUCCGACGAGGCCAACUGUGCGGACUGCAUCAUGUCACCGUGGACCGCCUGGAGUGAAUGCAGCCGGUCGUGCGGGCUGGGGGUGACCUUCCGGCGCCGGGACUUGCUCCGCGAUGCCCUCCCCGGGGGGCAGUGCGACCGCGAUGAGUUUGAGAGCCGCUCCUGCUUCCUGCGGGCCUGCCCAGUUAACGGCGCCUGGGCAUCCUGGGGCGAAUGGUCGGACUGCGACGCCGAGUGCCGCGGUGGCGUGCGGAGCCGCACCAGGACCUGCGCCGACCCCCCGCCCAAGAACGGGGGGCAGCCUUGCCCGGGGGACGCUGUGCAGAUGGAGACUUGUAACCAGCAGCCUUGCGGAGAUGCCCGGGACUGUGGACCAGACAUGGUCUACGUGCAAGCUGGGCACUGUGAGCGAGGCCUCGUGGCUCCGUGUCCCCAAACAUGCCGGCAGCUGAGCCUGAAGACGAGUUGCCCCAGCAGCUGUGUUGAGGGCUGCCGCUGCCCCCCGGGGCUCUUCCUUCAGGACGGGGGCUGCGUGAACAUCAGCCAGUGCCACUGCUUCUUCGACCACGAGCGUCGCCUCCCGGGGGAGAUGUUCCUGAGGGACAAUUGCAGCCAGUGCGUCUGCUUGGAAGGCGCCAUGACCUGCGACUCGGUUUCCUGCCCCGUGAAGUGCGGCUGGUCGGCUUGGUCUCCGUGGAGCCCUUGCGGAAGGAGCUGUGGGGUCGGCAUGCAGCACAGAUUCAGGUCUCCCUCCAACCCGGCCGCUGCCAAUGGCGGUGCCCCGUGCCAAGGCGAUGCCCAGGAGGUUCGUGAGUGCCACACCGUCUGCAUCUCAGGUAAGAUCACCUUUGCCUGGAGCAAAUGGACCCCCUGGUCCCCCUGCUCGAAAACCUGCUACUACGCCACAGACGUGGUGGGUGUCAGGAAGCGGUUCCGGGACUGCAAUGGCACCACAGACGCAGCCAGCUGCAGUGGGGAGACCGUCCAGGAGGAGCUUUGUGACACGCCCCCCUGCCCAGUGGAAGGCAUAUGGACUCCGUGGACCCUCUGGUCCCAGUGCUCGGCCCCUUGCGACUCGGGGGUCCAGACCCGGAACCGCACCUGCUCCAAGCCAGCCUACGGGGGCCCAGAAUGCUCCGGACCCCUCAUCCAGACCCGCGAUUGCAACACUGAGCCCUGCAAAGUGCUCUGCCCGGGGAACCUGGUGUACCAGACGGCCGAGGAGUGUGAGCGGAAGGGGGGCGCCUGCCCCCGCCUCUGCCUGGACCAAGGCGCCCGUGUGGAGUGCGUCUCCCGCUGCCGCGAGGGCUGCUCCUGUCCCGGGGGGCUCUUCCUGCACAACGACACCUGUCUGCCGCUCAGAGAGUGCCCUUGCUACCACCAGGGGGAGCUCUACCAGCCGGGGGACGUCGCUCUCCUGGAUUCCUGCAACAACUGCACCUGCAAGGAUGGAGAGAUGGCAUGUACCACAGAGUCCUGUCCAGCCAACUGCGCCUGGAGCGACUGGGGCGCCUGCAGCCGCAGCUGCAACGUGGGCACUCGGCGCCGCUUCCGCUCCAGUUCCGAGCUCCCUGCCUCCGACGGAGGACAGACCUGCCCGGGACCCAACAUGGAGAUUGAAUUCUGCAGUCUGCAGCCUUGCCAGGCUUCCGGCAUGGAGUGGGGACCCUGGUCUGAGUGCUCUGUGCCAUGUGGAGGCGGAUACCGGAAUCGCACAAGGGCCAGCCUGACCGUCUUGCGCCGGAUCGAAUUUGCCACCUGCCACCUUCCCCCCUGCACAGGUGAGGUGCCAGGCGUCUGCCCGGAGGGGAAGGUGUGGCAGGAAUGUGCCAACGAACCGGCUUCCUGCGCAGAGCUCAAUGCAGUGCCCAGCGCCAACAAGACCUGCCAUGCUGGCUGCUACUGCCCCAACAGCACCGUCUUGCUGAACAAUCUCUGCGUGCCAGAGGAGGAUUGCCCCUGUGCCCUCGACGGGAUGCUGUACGGCCCAGGAGACGUGGUACCCAAAGGCUGUGAAAACUGCACCUGCCUCUCCGGUCGGGUGGGCAACUGCUCCAGGGCGGCCUGCGGUGACGUGAACGGCCAGUGGUCAGAAUGGACCCCCUGGAGCGAGUGCUCGGCGUCCUGCGGGCUGGGGCUACGGAACCGGUACCACUUCUGCACGGACCCCCCUCCGUCCGGGAUGGGGCUGCCCUGCUUGGGUCCCGAACGCGAGGACAAACCGUGCCAGGCCCAGCCCUGCGCCCGGAACGGGGGCUGGGGGGGCUGGAGCCCCUGGACCGACUGCACUGCCAGCUGCGGGGGAGGCAUGAGGAGCCGGGCGAGGGCCUGCGACAGCCCCGCCCCACAGGGGGGCGGGGACUACUGCGAGGGGGUCCCCACCCAGGUGGAGGGCUGCAGCUUGAACCCGUGUCCAGGUGUGGACUGCUCUGCCCUCGAGGGCGCCGCCUACAGCCGCUGUGGGCCCCCCUGCCCCCGCUCCUGCGACGACAUCUCGCACUGCCUCUGGACCUGUGAGCCCGGCUGCUACUGCGCCGGGGGGAAAGUCCUGAACGGCACGUCCUGCGUGGAGAAGGACCUCUGCCCCUGCCUGGACCUGCUCACCGGCCUCCGACACCUGCCGGGAGAGACCGUCCCUCGCUCCGACGGAUGCAACACCUGCACCUGCUCCGAAGGAAAGCUGAUCUGCACCAGUCGAGCUUGUGCCGUCCCGGGCAGCUGGUGCGGCUGGUCCCCGUGGAGCCCCUGCUCCCGGACGUGCGGCAACGAAAUGGUCACCCGCUACCGGGCCUGCGCUUGCCCCAAGCCCCAGAACGGGGGUCCCGAGUGCGAGGGGCUGCAAGAGCACCACGGCGACAGCGGGAUCCAGCUUCAGAGGAAGGAGUGCCCCAUGGAUUCUUUCUGCCCAGUGGACGGGGCCUGGAGUACGUGGAGCCCCUGGUCCCCUUGCGACGCCUGCGGAGGAGAGUCGGCACGGAGCAGGGAGUGCAGCAACCCUCCUGCCCGCUUUGGGGGGCUUCCCUGCCCUGGCGAAGCCCGGCAGACCCUCCCAUCCGAGUGGCUUUUUUCUGGUCCCCCAGAUUGCAGCGGGGGGCAGGUGUCGUUCCCCUGCGGCAAGGCCUGCCCGCGCACCUGCGAGGACCUGCACCCGGACACCAGCUGCUUGGACAGCCCCCAGUGCCAGCUCUCGUGCGCCUGCCCAGGCGGGCAGCUGCUCCAGGAUGGUGUGUGCGUCCCGCCAGCGCACUGCCGCUGCAAGUAUCAGAACACUUGGCUGGGUGUCCCAGAAGGACGGAAUCUCUCUCUGUGGUCAGGGCUCCCCCCCUGGGAGUACGUCCAACCUGGGGAGACAGUGGUCGGACCCUGCCAGAACUGCACCUGCGUGGCCGGGCACCUGCAAUGUGACGUGGACCCCUCAUGCCGCCUGGAUGGGGGCUGGGGCCCCUGGGGGCCGUGGUCGCCCUGCAGCCAGAGCUGUGGGGAGGGAGCCGAGUUCCGAUUCCGCGAGUGCAACCACCCAGCCCCCCAGAACGGAGGCAGGGGGUGCCUGGGCAGCAGGGAGCAGCAGAAAGCUUGCCAGAGCCAGCAAGAUUGCCCAGAGGAGGAAGCCUGGGGUGACUGGUCCCCCUGGGAGCCCUGCAGUGUCUCCUGCGGAGGAGGGGAGCAAAUGCGGAUCCGCCGUUGCCGGGAGCCCGACUGCCAGGGCUUGGCUGCCCAGAGCAAGACCUGCAACACUCAAGUGUGCCUUGAGGUCGGCUGCCCGGUGGGGCGUCUGUACCGGGAAUGCCUGAAGGAAGAGGGGUGCCCCUACAGCUGCGCCCAUCUCACCCGCCGGAUGGACUGCUUCUCGGACGGCUGUGAGGAAGGGUGCCACUGCCCCGUGGGGACCUACCAGCACAAAGGGGCUUGCGUCCAGGAGUGCCCUUGCAUCCUGACCGAAGACGCCCUCAAGAUGUUCUGGAACCACUCCUCGGACCCCAGCCCCGCUCUGGUCAUCCUCACAGCUCAGGGUCAGCAGCUCUCCCCAGGAGAAGAGGUUGCCCCAAACACCACCAUCUAUUCCGCCUGCAGCAACUGCUCCUGCCGCAACGGGCAGCUCGCCUGCGCUUUCUCCCGCUGCCCCGUGGAUGGGGGCUUCUCAGCCUGGAGCCCGUGGGCCCCUUGCUCCUUAACCUGUGGGGGGCUGGGGAACAUGACCAGGACGCGAGAGUGCGCCAACCCCAAGCCUGCCAACGGCGGGAAGGACUGCGCCGGCCCUCGGUUGGACAUCAAGUACUGUCAGACGCUGGAUUGCCAAGCCGCUCCUCUGCCCCACUCUCCAGGCUCCGAGGAGGACAGCUUCACCCCUUGGUCACCCUGGACGCCUUGCUCCAAAACCUGCAGCGACCCCGACCUCCCGGCCCUCAAGACCCGCAUGCGGUUCUGCCAAGGGUGGGCCAACUGCACGGGGGACUCGUUCCAGGAGCGAGAAUGCAACCUGCCCCAGUGCACAGACGGCCCCCUGUGCCAGGACGAGGAGUGCCUGGGACUGAACUGCACUUGGAACGCCUGGUCUCCCUGGAGUGCAUGCUCUCGCAGCUGCGGGGUGGGCCAGCAGCAGCGCCUGCGGACCUACAACCCACCGGGGCAAGGAGGGCACUGGUGCCGAGAUAUCUUGACGGCCAACGCGGAGCGGCGCUUCUGCAACCUGCAGGCUUGCAAAGUGGACGGUGCCUGGUCCAAGUGGAGCCCCUGGUCGUGGUGCGACCGCCUCUGCGGUGGGGGGCGCUCGUCACGGACGAGGAUGUGCGCCAGCCCCCCGCCCAAGAACGGAGGGCGCCACUGCCCUGGGGAGAAGUACCAAGUGCGCGUCUGCAACCCCAAACCCUGCGAGGAGGGCUGCCCCCCAGAGAUGCUCGUGGUGGGCUGUGCCAAUGAAUGCCCACGCCACUGCUGGGACCUCCAGGAGGGCAUCGCCUGCCAGGACGGAGAGGUUUGUGAGCCCGGCUGCCGGUGCCCGGAGGGGACGCUGGAGCAGGACGGCGCCUGCAUCCCCCCUGCCCACUGCGAGUGCACCGAUGCCCAGGGGCACAGCUGGGCUCCGGGCAGCGUCCGCGACGACGGCUGCGACAACUGCACCUGCGCCGGGGGGAGGCUCCUCUGCACCAACCACACCUGCGCCCCCGGCGAGUGCGCCUGGAGUCUCUGGUCCAGCUGGUCCCAGUGCAGCGUCACCUGCGGGAACGGCCUGCACACCCGCUUCAGGACCCCCACGUCCGGCUCCUGGGCUGCUGAGUGCCUGAAGGAGGAGCUGCAGACUCGCCCCUGCGCCCCAGGCGCCUGCCCCCCUCUGUGCCUGCGAGAGGGUCAGGAUAUGGGUCUGGGGAGCACCUGGCUCCUGGGAGAGUGCCAGCAAUGUAUUUGCACCCCAGAGGGCGUCUAUUGCCUGGACAUCGCCUGCGCAGUGCACGGAGCCUGGACGCCCUGGUCGCCCUGGUCCGACUGCCCCCUCACCUGCGGCCAAGGCACCCAGAUCCGCACCCGGGCCUGCGUCAACCCACCGCCACGCAACCAGGGCCUCCCCUGCGCUGGCCCCGAGACGCAAGCACAGAACUGCUCCAUCCCGCCCUGUCCAGGGGACGAGCUGUGCCAUUGGUCCUCCUGGGGUUCGUGUUCGAGAUCCUGCGGAACGGGCUUGGCCACGCGGAUGGGGGCAUGUCCUUGCCCGACCUCCAAGGAGGAGGCAGCGGGAGCGUUUUGCAAAGAUGGGCACCGCCAGGACGUGGAGGCCUGUUACCUCGGGGCUUGCGAAGAGUGCCCCUGGAGUCCCUGGACAAAGUGGACCAGCUGUUCGUGUAGCUUCCUGGUGCAGCAGCGGUACCGGAACCAGCGGGGCUCGGGGGGCGACGGGCAGCCCUGUGUGGGGCUGGACGGCCAGUUCCGCAUGUGCGACUAUUCCCAGUGCUCAGAGUCCAGCUGCGAAGCGCCCUUUGAGUUCCGGGAGUGCGGCUCGCCCUGUGACAGCCUCUGCUCCACCAUGCGCCACCCAGAGCUGUGCAAGGACAUCCCCCGGUGCCUGCCCGGAUGCUACUGCCCAAAGGGCCUGGUGGAACAGAACGGGGCCUGCGUCCCGCCCUCGGAGUGCGGCUGCCUCCACCUCAGCCAAUCGGAAGGCCCCGUAUCCUUGGCAGCAGGAGACAUCGUUUCGAUUGGCUGCAAGGAGUGUAUCUGCCAGGAGGGGGAGCUGCAGUGCAGCAGCGAAGGCUGCCAAGGUCUGCUUCCGGUCAGCGCCUGGUCGGAGUGGACGCCCUGCUCCUCUUGCCUGCCUUUCGCGGCCCUCGGUCCCAGCAUGGCCUCCACCCUCUUGGCUCAGCAACACAACUGGUCCCUUGGCGAAGGAGCCCCUCAGCUUGCCCUGGUCUCCGUCCAGCUUCGCUUCCGAGUCUGCCUGGACCCUCAGACGGGCAGAAGCUGGACAGGGCUGGCCACUCUGUGCUCAGCCCAACUGGAUCAGGAACGCCUUUGCCCAGAUCCUCACAUUUGCAAAGACUUCUGCCUGUGGAGUGCUUGGGCCCCCUGGAGCCCCUGCCGUGCGCCCUGUAGCGGGGGGUUCCGCACGCGCCAGCGCUACGCACGUCACCCAUCAGGAGAGCCCCGGUGCCGCGGGGCGUGGUCUCAGUCCGAGAGCUGCAACACGGCCACCUGCCCAGGAGAGGAAUGUGAAGAUCGGGGCAAAGUUCGGGCCCCAUCCUGCGCCAACGGCUGCCCUCGCGCCUGCGCAGACCUCUGGGAGCAUGUGGAGUGUCUACAUGGGGACUGCAAACAAGGAUGCCGGUGUCCUGACGGACAGCUCCUCCAGGACGGGGUCUGUGUUCCGAUCCCGGCUUGCCGCUGUGGACUCCCCACGGCCAACAUCACCCUGGAGGUCAUGCCAGGGCAGACGGUGGAGCUGGAUUGCCACAACUGCACCUGUGCCAACGGCACCUUCUGGUGUCCUGAGAAGGAGUGCCCGUCCUACGGAGAAUGGUCCGCGUGGAGCCCCUGUUCUGCCAGCUGCGGUGGGGGCAGCACCCUGCGGCACCGGCCAUGCCAUGAGAACCCUGCGGGAGCCCCCUGUGCCGCCGAUGCCAUGGAGGAAGCAGCCCAGUGCAGCCCGCAGCCCUGUGAGGCCGCCUGCCUGCUGAGCGAUUGGUCGGCCUGGAGCCCCUGCAGCGCCACCUGCGGAGGAGGCGAGUCUGAGAGGAGCCGCAGCCUCCUCUCCCCACCGCCGGGGGAGCCCUGCGCCGACCCGCUCCUGCAGCACCGCUCCUGCAACAUGCAGAACUGCACACCAGAAUGCCCAGGGUCCCAAGUCUACAGCAACUGCGCCAACGCCUGCCCGCGGUCGUGCUCCGACCUGCGGCCCAACACCCAGUGCCUCCGUGAGGAAUGCCGGCUGGGCUGCGCCUGCCCCUCCGGACAGGUGCUGCAGGAUGGGGGCUGCGUCCCCCCAGAAGGAUGCCGCUGCCAGCUGGGCUCGGUGCCCACCAUGCCCUGGUCUGCCAACAUUUCCCAAGAGGAGCAGCGACAGGAGCACCCGCCGGGCAGCGUCAUUCACCACGAGUGCAACAGCUGUGUCUGCCAGAGGGGGGUCUUCACUUGCACUCAAGAGGACUGCGAUGUGCCCUGCGUCUGGUCGGAGUGGGGCCCGUGGUCCCCCUGCUCCGUGACAUGUGGCUCUGGACAACGGGCGUCCCGGCGCCACCAUCGCCAGCUGCGCCUCUACGGCGGUGCCGAGUGCGAAGGACCCUCUGAGCGCUGGAUGUCGUGCUCGCUCCCAGACUGCGCCUGCCCUGCCGGCGAGGUCUGGCUCAGGACCGAUUCCCCCGCCCCCUGCGAGCGAGGCUGCCACCAGAUCUACGAGGAUCCCCCACAGAACUGCACCCCAAGGACUGGGCAGGGUUGCGUGUGCCAGCUGGGGCAGUACCGGAACAAGAGCGGGCACUGCGUCCUGGCCGCUCACUGCGAGUGUGAGCAUCGGGGCCAGAUUUACGCGGCUGGCACAGAAUGGCAGGAGGGCUGCAAAACUUGCCAUUGCCUGAACGGGAGGGCCGUGUGCGAGGCUACCUGCCCCCCGCUCACCUGCCUUGAGGGCGAAGUGAAAGUGCAGGAGGCCGAGAGCUGCUGCCCGUUGUGCAGGAAGGAGCUGCCUGGGGAUCGCCCUCAGCCCGACUGCCAGCACCACACGGAGCUCCGCAACAUCACCAAAGGCCGCUGCUUCCUGGCCGGCGUGGAGGUCAGCUACUGCCGGGGGCGCUGCCCCUCCCACACCAACGUCAUCCCCGAGGAGCCCUACUUACAGACCGUGUGCGAGUGUUGCAGUUACCACCUGGAUCCCAUCAGCCCCGUCCGCAUCCUGAACCUGCAGUGCCAGGGGGGCGAGACGGAGCCUGUUGUUCUGCCCAUCAUCCAGCAGUGCGAGUGCAGCAGCUGCCAAGGUGGCGACUUCUCCAAGCGCUGACGACGUCCCCACAGGCGAAAAAGCCAGGCCCUUCCAUAGCGGAGGAUGCAAGAUAUUUUUUCAUGUUUUGCCUUGCCUCUUUCUCUCCUCUCUUCCAAUUUCCUACACACACUUACACAUGGCAUGGCACAGAUUUCUCCUUCAUUCCUUUGCAAGUCAAUAAACUCAG